AACCCGGUCUAAAACAAACCGGCCGGUCCACUGCUAGCACCCGGUGAAAGAUGAACUGGUGUCCGCUUGAAACUUCCAGCUGAAGAAAUUAGGGCACACUUUAUUAUCCAUCAAAGUCUCGAUUCAAUCAGACGAAAUGCCGUUCAUAUCUCGAACCGAGAGGCAAACUGAUUACAAUCUCAUACCUCCAAGCUGCCCAAUCGUAAUCGACAAUGGCGCAUCUUAUUUCAGAAUUGGAUGGGCUGGAGAGAGUGAACCGCGUAUCGUUUUUCGGAAUAUUGUUCAGAGGCCUCGUCACAAAAUUACUGGUGAAACAGUAACGAUUGUUGGUGACCAUGAUCCUGCGCUGUUGAAGUACUUUGACUGCACUCGUUCUGGGCCACGCUCAGCGUUUGAUAAUGAUGUGGUCUUCCAGUUUGAGAUUAUGGAAUAUAUUCUCGACUUUGCAUUCGAUAGAUUGGGUGCAGAUGAAGCUCCGAUUAAUCAUCCCAUCCUCAUUACCGAAUGCGCAUGCAACCCCGUACACUCACGUAGUAAAAUGGCUGAACUUUUAUUCGAGACGUACGGAGUUCCUUCUAUAGCUUUUGGUGUUGAUGCUGCUUUCAGCUAUAAGUACAAUCAGAAACUUGGAAUUUGUGAUAGAGAUGGUCUUGCAAUUUGUUCAGGAUUUACCACAAGCCAUGUGAUCCCAUUUAUUAAUGGAGAGCCUGUUUAUGAAGCGUGCUGCCGUACCAAUGUUGGUGGUUAUCAUGUCACCGAUUACCUAAAGCAACUUCUUUCACUUAAGUAUCCUCACCACAUGCAGAGGCUUACAUGGGAGAAAGUAGAAGAUUUAAAGAUGGAACAUUGUUACAUCACUCUAGAUUAUGCUUCUGAAGUUAGAUUAUUUCAGAAAGGGGCGAAAGAAGCUGAAGAGAAGACCAGAUGUUGGCAACUUCCGUGGACCCCAACGCCGGUUGAAGAGCCGCCUUCAGAAGAGGAACUCGCGAGAAAAGCGGCUUUGAAGGAAAGACAGGGUCAAAGGUUGAGGGAAAUGGCAGAAGCAAAAAGAUCUUCAAAAAUAAAUGAAUUAGAAAAUGAACUAAAGGGUUUAGAGUUUCUUAUACAACAACUGAGACAAGUAAAUGGAAACGACAUUCCAUCUUUCUUGGCUGAAACCGGUUAUGUCUCUAAGCAAGAAAUCGAAUCCGCCAUUGUUAAAGUAACGCAAUCGUUAAGGAAAGCUAAAGGUGAACAAGAGGAAGUUGAGGAGAAACCCGAGAUUUCAAAUUCGGAGAAGUAUACCCUCAUUGAUAUUCCCGACAACAUGCUAACACCAGACCAGGUCAAGGAAAAGAAGAGACAGCUUUUCCUUAAAACAACAUCAGAAGGACGGCAAAAAGCAAAACAAAAACGUUUUGAAGAAGAGUUGGAACGCGAAAGGCGUAACAAGGAAGACGAACAAAGACGCUUAGAGAACCCGGAGCUUUACAUGGAGCAGUUGCGGGUCAAAUACAAAGAAUUAUCUGAAAAAGUCGAACAACGAAAACGACAGAAAACAAAUGGCAAUGGAAACGAAAACAACAAUGUGUCCGGUGGUGUGGGCCGUGGGGAGAGACUGAACGCUGCCCAAAAGGAAAGAAUGCGUCUUUUGACAACCGCAGCAUUUGACAGAGGAAAAGGUGAGGAUACGUUUGGAAUCAAAGAUGAAGACUGGCAAUUGUAUAAAAAAAUGAGCAAAGAUAAUGAUGACGAAGAUGAGGGACCCAAUGAGGAUGAAACCGAGCUGGCUCGUGUUUCUUCUAAACUCCGGGAAAUCGACCCAACAUUUUUCCCAAAACCAGACGCCAGCUCAUCUGGAACCGAACCGCCACGUUUUCGCCCAUUAACGAAGGAAGAUUUCCAGAUACUAAUCGGCGUGGAGAGAUUCAGGUGCCCGGAGAUUCUUUUUAACCCGAAUUUGAUUGGAAUUGAACAGGCGGGGUUAGAUGAGAUGGUGGGUGUAUCAAUACAGAGGCUGCAAUCCAGAAGUCAAAGAUUGGAAGAGGGUAACGGUUUGACCAAUUCAAUCCUUAUAACGGGUGGGAGCUGUCUUUACCCUGGGAUGAGUGAACGUUUAGAGGCGGGAAUCCGUAUGAUUAGGCCAUGUGGGACCGCAAUACGGGUUCUGAGAGCAUCGGAUGCUGUGCUUGAUGCGUGGAUUGGGGCGGCAUCUUUUGCAUCGACUAUGCAUUUCCAAAGACAGGUUUUUAACAAAAACGAUUAUUAUGAGAAAGGUGAAGAUUGGCUUCGUCGAUACCAGUUGAAAUACACAUUUUAGUCUUUAUUGGUGGUGCUUGUAUAACAGAAUUAUUUAGGAGACGUUCAUCAGGGGUCUAGUCAAUUUGUAUGCAAGUUUAUUGAUGGUAUGAUAUUUGUUGGACUAAGCCUUUGAUAUUUCAGAGUUUUGGAUUUUUGGAUUU